AAAAGCCAGUAGAGUCCCUCCUCUGCAGGGAGGCAGCAGCAGCAGCAGCAGCAGCCAGUGUUUCGUAUAUAAAGGCAGCAGCUCCUGGAACAUCUGGAGAGAGCAGCUGCGCACUGAGGGCUGCAGGAUGCGCGUCUUCGCCCUCCUCUGGAUACUCGGCUUCCUGCUCAAAGAGGCGCAGGCAUGGGGCUUCAAAAACGGAAUAUUUCAUAAUUCAAUAUGGCUGGAACAAGCAGCUGGAGUUUACCACCGGGAAUCGCGCAAAGGGAGAUACCAGCUGACAUAUAAAGAGGCCAAGGCUGUCUGCAAAUACGAGGGAGGGAAGCUGGCCACUUAUGAACAACUGGAGGCGGCUCGUCAAAUAGGUUUCCAUGUGUGUGCAGCCGGAUGGUUCGACAGGGGGCGUGUUGGCUACCCCAUCGUCAAAGCUGGCGCGAACUGUGGCUUUGGGAAGAUUGGCAUAGUCGACUACGGGCACAGGCUGAACAAAAGUGAGAGAUGGGAUGUGUACUGCUACAAUCCAAACUCCAAGGAGUGUGGUGGGGUGCUGACAGAUCAGCAAAGGAUCAUUCAGUCUCCUGGCUUCCCUGAGGAGUAUCAGGACGAACAGAUCUGCUACUGGCACAUCCGUGUGCGCCUGGGCCAGAGGAUCCGCCUCCACUUCCUGGAGUUUGACGUGGAGGAUGACACCGCGUGCCUAGCAGAUUACCUGGAGGUGUACGACAGCUACGAUGAUGUCUCAGGCUUCGCUGGGAGAUUCUGUGGCGAUUAUUUACCUGACGAUAUCAUCAGUACAGGAAACGUGAUGACGCUAAAGUUCCUCUCUGAUGCUUCAGUUACAGCCGGGGGCUUCCAGUUACAAUAUAUUGCCUCUGAUGCAUCUCUGUUUUCACAGAAUUACACCCACUACUUUCACUGACCAAUGGUUUGAUACACUGUUCAACAUUGUUGUAAUCCUGUUACUGUAUUUAUGUUACCUUAUGUGCUGUUAUAAUCAGUCUUUAUGGCUGAUUAAAGAAAUAAUUCUGUCAAAUAAACAAGGUCAUUAAAUUGUGUUGUUCUUACCUUCUAGAAAAAUAAACAAUCCUAACUUUGUA